CCAGGAGACAGUGGGAAGGUGACGACAGUCGUGGCCACACCAGGUCAGGGACCGGACCGCCCACAGGAAGUCUCUUACACUGACAUCAAGGUGAUUGGCAAUGGGUCGUUUGGUGUGGUGUACCAAGCUCGCCUCAUCGACAGCCAAGAGAUGGUGGCCAUUAAGAAAGUCCUGCAGGAUAAGAGGUUCAAGAAUCGGGAACUUCAGAUCAUGAGGAAGCUGGACCACUGCAACAUUGUCAGACUACGUUUCUUCUUCUACUCCAGUGGAGAGAAGAAAGAUGAAGUGUAUCUCAACCUGGUGCUGGACUUUGUACCUGAGACGGUCUACAGGGUUGCCAGGCAUUUUAACAAGGCCAAGAGCAUCAUUCCUAUCAUAUAUGUGAAGGUGUACAUGUACCAGUUGUUCCGCAGUCUUGCUUACAUCCAUUCCCAAGGCGUGUGUCACAGAGACAUCAAGCCCCAAAAUUUGCUUGUAGACCCAGAAACUGCCAUCCUCAAGCUGUGUGACUUCGGCAGCGCCAAGCAGCUGAUCCGCGGUGAACCCAACGUCUCGUAUAUCUGCUCGCGGUAUUAUCGUGCACCUGAGCUCAUCUUUGGUGCCACGGACUACACUGCAAACAUCGACAUCUGGUCAGCAGGCUGCGUGCUGGCUGAGCUGCUGCUCGGACAGCCCAUAUUCCCCGGGGACAGCGGGGUGGACCAGCUCGUAGAGAUUAUCAAGUAUGAGGUUUCACAGUGA